GGCUGAUUUCACUACCGAUUCCGCCUUAUCCCCACUCUCCUCCUAUCACUGCCGCGAUCUGUUUCUACGGCUGCAUUCUGAUUGGUCGUUCUCGCAGCCACUGGGAGUCUCCAUAUCGAGCUUUUUAAAAAAAGCCGCGACUGGCGAUUUGACCCGAAGGUGACCGGACGGCGGCGGAGCACGGAUUCUGACCCACGCUGUCCGUGCCCUGGGACCCGGAAGUGUGACGGGGAGCCGCGAGGCCAGGACUCCCCCUGCCCGGCAUGGGACCGCGCCGCAAGCCAGAGACCCCGAGACGUCGCAGCUCGAGCCCGACGCCCGGCCCCUCCCGCCGGGGCACCUUAGGCACUUCCUUCAGUCAGCGUCAUAGGCGAAGAAAUGUCUGGCUUAAGGAGAUCCGAAAGCUACAGAAGAGCACAGACCUCUUAAUACGGAAGAGGCCAUUCAGCCUCUUGGUAAGAGAAAUAUGUGCAAAAUUCACUCGUGGCGUAGACUUAUUUUGGCAAGCCCAGGCCCUGCUGGCCCUUCAAGAGGCAGCAGAAGCAUUUCUAGUUCAUCUCUUUGAAGACUCCUAUCUCCUCUCCAUACAUGCUAGGCGAGUCACUCUUUUCCCCAAGGACGUGCAGCUGGCCAGGAGGAUCCGAGGCAUUCAGGAAGGACUUGGCUGAGCUCCCUCAGCAGUGACUUUGGCUCUUUGAAAGAAUCAGCCUAAAAAUACUUACUCCAGCAACAACAACAUGUCUGAUUCAUCUUUUGAAAGAAAAAGAAAAGGGAAGAUGUGGAUUUCAUCCUUCUCAAAAACAGGAUAAUCUUUGCACAGGCUAAGCAAGCCUGGGGACAUGAAAAACUAUGCACCUUUGGGUGUGUGCUCCUAGGACAUGAAGAACUCAACAGUUUUCUUUAUGAUGUUAUAAGCAUGUUCCAAAACAAAAUGUUUAAGCCAGUAACUCAUGAUCUGCCUUAUGCCAAGAAUAAUAAACGUUUUUCAGUUUGGUCUAAA